UGUAGUUUUAUCCGUAAGUUGCCUUGACAGCGCAGAAGAUAACGCGGUGCAAGCUGCGGUACAACAUAUCAAGCAGUGCGCAGGAGACCGGACCAAGCAGCGUCAGCAUCAAUGUCCCCGUUGCUUACGAAGUAAAGUAUGGGCUCCGCGGCAUCGCAGUCAUGGCCAGAUCCACCAACCGAAGCGCCGACAGCGGGGAUCCCCGUGUAGCCGCCCCCACGGACCGGGCGGAGGUGCGGGACCUGGCCGAGCCCCGGGAGCUGUCUCUGGAGGAGGUGCUGAAGUCCUACGAGCAACCCAUCAACGAGGAGCAGGCAUGGGCGGUGUGCUACCAGUGCUGCAGCGGGCUCAGGGUGCCCCGCCCGCCGCCCGGGAGACCCGUUCGGGUGAAAGACCCGUCCUCCAUCCUCCUUCACAGGGACGGAACCGUGUCGUUAAAGGAGAAGCCGCGACCCGACGAUGACAAUGAGGGUACUCCUCUUCCACUUAUUGCUGAGCGCCAGCUGGUUCAGUCCCUCGGUGUGGCCAUUUAUCGAGCUCUGGACUGGGGACUGGACGACAACGAGGAGAGGGAGCUCAGCCCGCAGCUGGAGCGCCUCAUCGAGCGAAUGGCCGGUGGGGUCCAGGGCGAAGAGGACGUCAGGUGUAUUGGGAGCGGUGCAUCAGAUGAGGGAUACAGUGGACAGGAAGAAGAAGAGGAGGAAGAUGAGCAGGAGGGAGCGAUAAGGCCGGUUUGUUCGUUUCGUCAGGUGGUGGUGCUCUGUGCGUCUCGUCUCGCCAACCCGAGCCUGGCUCCGGAGCACUACCAGGCCGUCUGCCGGGCUCUGUUUGUGGAGACUCUGGAGCUGCGGACCUUCCUCGUCAGGAUCAGAGAUGCAAAGGAGAUGCUGAAGAAGAUUUCCUCUGAAGACGUUCUGGAGGACCGAUCCACGGCUGAGCUGGAUGCGCUGAAACACAGAGACUGGGCUCGUCUGUGGGUGCAGCUGAUGAAGGAUCUGAGGCAGGGGGUGAAGCUGAAGAAGGUCCAGGAGCAGCCGUUUAACCCGCUGCCCACCGAAUUCAGCCUGACGCCAUUUGAAAUGCUGAUGCAGGACAUUCGAGCUCGCAAAUUCCAGCUUCGCAAAGUCAUGGUGGACGGUGAUAUUCCUACAAGAGUGAAGAGAAGUGCCCAUGAGCUGAUCCUGGACUUCAUCAGAUCCAGACCUCCUCUUAAACCUGUUUCAGAACGCAGCCUUCCUCCUCCUCCUCCACAGCAGCAGUCCCUUCAUGACCGGGUUCUGGCAGAGAUCAAGCAAGAGAGGAAGCUUAGGCCUGUGGUACCACACACUGCCAGACCAUUCGGCUCGCUGCCCUGUCUGGCUCAGCCGUGUCCUUGCAAUGUCAAAUCUACGUCAUGCAUAGAUCUGUCUGUGUCGGAGCCUCGGCCGCCGUCCCGGCCUCGCCUCCUGCUCAAGGCCCCGACGCUGGCUGAGAUGGAGGAGAUGAACAUCUCUGAGGAAGAGGAGUCUCCGGACAACGGGGAGAUGAGGAGGACAGAGAGCUCUCCGACGCCGCUGAAAAGAGAUCGGUCCUUCUCAGAGCAGGACCUCGCCUUCCUCCGCAGAGACAUCCUCCCCUCGCUGUCGGAGUCAGCCCAGCUGGGUGAGACUGUCAGACCGAGGGACGUGAGGCUGCGUUCCAGAACGUUGACCGGCGCCGGGCCGCCUCCUCAUCACCGAGCUUCCUUCCCCAUUCACGGCUGGGUGCCUCCUUCUCCCGCUCGCCUUUCUCUGAGUUCGGUCGAUGAGGUCACAGAGUGUCCCGAGACAACAUCGGACUCCAGAAACGGAGACCAGUGGAUGGAGGAGUUCAGCCACCCCGUUGAGAGUCUGGCCUUAACAUUGGAUGAGAUCAUCAACGUGCGUCGAGUUCUCGUCAAAGCAGAUAUGGAGAAAUAUCUUCAGAGCAAAGAACUCUACAGUAACCUGAAGAGAGGAAAGGUUUGCUGCUGCUGCAGAGUGAAAUUUCCUCUCUUCUCAUGGCCGUCUACAUGCCUGCUGUGCAAAAGGUCAGUUUGCAGCUCCUGCAGUGCAAAGAUGAAGAUUCCCUCAAAGAAGAUGGCUCAUAUUCCUGUGUACACUGUGGGCUUUCACAGCACCCCAAAGAGCCAUGGACACAAAAGCCAAGUCUACAAAUCCCUGCGAUCUCUGUCCCGCCGCUCAGUGGAGGAGGAGUUCCCACACCUGUACGCUCAGGGCUGCACGCUGCGUGACAUCUGCGCCGAAUGCACAAAGUUUGUCGCCGAUGUAAUUUCCUCCAGCCGCAGGAGCCUGGACAUCCUCAACAACACUCCAAAGAGGGAGGCCGCCGCCGCUGCUCAGAGGCCACAGCUGCAGCGACAGUCCAACUUCGAGGCUCUGCCUCAACCAAACCAUCAUCACCUACAACCUUCUCCCCAGCUCCACCGCAGCGAGACGAUCAACAGCACGAAGCAAUGACUGAAUUAGACUCUGACCCCACUGUGCACACAUUUGUAGGAGGAGGAGGUUCUCUGAGGGAUGUCUUAUAUAAUCCAGUAAAGGUGCUUCAAGGUUAAUUUUGCUGGGUUGGAGCAUUAAAUGUAUCAUUUAAUAGUGAAGUUUAGGUCUCAAAGAUAAAUCACUGGAGCUGUUAAGAACUCUUUUUAGCAAGAAUGUAGAGAUGCCAGCUUUUUGCACAACUGCUCUACCUUCCAUAUCUCAUCAUCUCACUCACAACACACACACAUUUUCACUGAGAUUUAUUGAAUCUCUUUCUGCAACUGCCCUACCUGCUGCACCGUACCUUCACUCUUCACUCACAAGGCAGGAGGGGGUCAGUUUAAUCAGAAGGAGCCCUGAAGGCCGAGGGGAGAGGGUCUACACGAUGUGAGAAAGAGGGUGGAGGUGAGUUUGUGAGGGGAAAGCUGUGCAAUACUGCAUUAGCAUUUUAGCUCUAAUUGGUUGCCUUGUUUUUUGUCAUGAAUGUACCAUACACAAACAAAAUUGUAAACUUAAAAGCUUGUACACAAUAAAUUAUUUAUUUUUAAUUAUCCAAAAAAGGGAAUUAAAAACAAGCUGCUGCUGCAUAAUGAAGCCUCUCUGGUGAUCCUUGUAAAGAUCCCAGACCGGCAGGGUGGAGGUGAAACAGCAGCGACACUGUGAAUGUAACAGGGUGAAGCUGCAGGCCGGGACCUUUAGCAGACGAUGCAUGACGACUGCAAAGAAAGGCGAGCAGUUGAAUCUCCCGCCUCUCUCACUCCCACAGGGACGCUUGCAAUCUGCUCUGGUUGUGUAAACACAAAGUGAACCUCGGCUGCAGUAAAAAUCCAUUGACAAACACGACCAGUGCUGCAUCUGCUAGUUUUACUGUGGGCUCACUAAACAACAGAGUAAUGCAACUGUACUGCAAUUAACUUGGAAUCAUUAAGGUUAAAACUCCUAUGGAUGCUUCUCCAUCAGUAGAAUAUCAUCUAAAUAUUAAUGUAUUUAUAGUAACUUGGUUAAAAAAGUGACAAAAAGAUUCUUUACACAUAUGAGCCAUGUCAAAGUCUUUUCCACCUUUAAUGUGACAUUAUCUGAUCAAUGAAAACAAAGAGAGGAUGGUCUUCAGGAAUCAGUUUUAGUAAAGAAAUGUGUUGCCAGUGGAAUAAACAUAUAAACACAAGUAAUAAAUGGAUAAAAGAUGAAA